GUGAAGCCUUCGUGUUCUACGUGCUGUGGAUUCAGCAUUGGUGUUGCAUCAGUUCUGUGGUCCUGUGGGCUCACUGGCACAGUACUUCUUGGAAAUGGGUGGCCAAGCGCUUUCCAGAAGUUAUUCAAAGAUCUUGGGAAGGGAUGGAUUGUGUGUCUGCUCAGCGUGCCCUUAAGUGUCUGUGAAGGUUCAUUUAUCCUCAAAAAUACACCGCCAGAAAACAACCACGAAAUGAAUCCAGCAUCACAUCUGAACCCUGUACUGAAACAAAACUCUUUGCCUUCUUGAAAGGUUCAGUGGAAAAAAUGUAGGUCAUGCUCUGGGACAGUAGAUUAAGUGCUUACGAUGGCUUCCUGCUUUACAUGCUGUGUUUUCACAGGGCUGGCUUUGCCCCAGAUUGUUACUGUUUCAUGUAACAGGAGCUGUGUUCCUGCUCCAUGGUACACAGAUAAUGUUUCAAGAGGACAGAGGUUAUAACUGUUAGUUCAACUCUCCCAAGAACUACAGUGCCCCAAAAAGCCCUUCUAAUGUCUCUGAAGGGGGAGCAGACGGUCUGUAAAUGACGCUAUUGCCUGAAACUGCCAGCAGGGUAAAAUGGUGCUGGUUCCCAAAUCCCGUUGAAUGUGACCUUUUUUGUGCCCUGUUGGAAGAGAACGGCUGAGCUGCGAGCCAAGCUGUGCUCCCUGCAGCAAAUCCAUGAAAAAUGCCUCUGCGCAGUCACAAUCUCAGUGCCAAAGCUGAAGCCGUGCUGCACCCAAACACUUCCUUUAGUUUUCAGAGAGACUUGUUACUGGCAGAGAUAAGAUGGCAAUGGCCACAAAACAGACUUUUUCAGAACUGCUGGCUUUAUUGGUGAACAGCACGUAGCUUAAUCAUGGGAGUCAGUAGGAUGCUUCAUAUCAAAUCCUUGGCGUGGCUUUAGCUUGCGGAGUCUGAGAGACAGCUAAGUGCCAUGUCAUGUUCUGCAGUUGUAGGAGAGGAGGGGGAUGUCCCAGCCCUCAGACGGCUCAGCUCAUUGGGCUGGGCACGGCACCCACCGCUGCCCUCGGAGCCUAACCCUGUAAGUGAGGGAGCGGCACGGGGCUGUGUCGGGGUAGGGCCGGGGAGGGUGAGGGAGCGCUUCUGCCCCAGAGGGCGGUGGGCACAGAACAGGCUGCCCGGGGCAGUGGGCACAGCUCUGAGCUGCCAGAGUCCAGGGGGUGUUUGGACAGUGCUCUCAGACGUAGGGUUUGGAUGUGGGGCGGCUCUGCCUGAAGCCUGGGGUUGGACUCGAUGUUCCCCGUGGGCGCGUCCCAGCUGGGAAUGUUCUGUGAUUGUGCGAUGUUUCGCACAGUGACGGACCUGAGCUUCAGGCGCCCGUCUCCCACCGUUUGGGGACCGGCCAAGCUAAGGGCGCAGGCGGGGAGCCGCGGGCUGAAGGCUCCGCUCCUCGCUGAGGAAAUGCCCGGCUGAGGGCCGCCCCGGUGCGGGACAGCGGCCGCCUCCGGCCACACCUGUGACGCGGCGACGGCGGAGGGAGCGGCGAGCGGCGGCGCGGGGCAGCACCAUGACGGUGGGGCCGCGGCUGGGGGCCAAGGCGCGGAGCCGCUUCUCGCGGCGGGGACCCGGCGACGACCAGGUGUGCAUCCUGCCCGGCGAGGACGAGGAGGCGGCGGCCGGAGCCCCGCGGCCGGAGCAGGAGCGGGAGCGGGAGGAGGGAGCGGGCGGCAGGAAGGUGCGCUUCGCCCUCCUGCCCGACUCCUACCAGCCCCUGCGGCCGCCGCCCCCCGCCGGCAAGCGGCCCUACGGCAAGAGGCUGAGGAAGUACGGCAAGAACGUCGGCAAAGCCCUGCAGAAAGGAUGCCGCUACUUGGUGGUCGGCUUGCAAGGACUGGCAACAGCCUACACCGCUCCCUUCGGGGUGGCAGCACAGAUGGCAUCACUCGUCCGCUAGAGCACGGGGUGAGCAUGAGCCUUUCCCAGAAGACUGCAGCAGUUUCAGCUCUCUUACCAUUAAAUCAUCAUCCAAGACUGCAUCUGAGAAACCUCUUGGACGUGAACAGCCCCAACCCCAUGCAGCACCUGGGCACCAUAUUCUUUUCUGCAAAAUUCUCCAGCACCUUCCAACCUUUAAAAUCAGAUCGGGUCAGAGGAAUGCAAGGACAAGGAAGUGAUUGUGGACUGACAGAGCUGAAGUUUGGAGUCAGGCGUGCAUUGGUUUUCUAAAGCUACGUGUGGAGGGGAGCCAAGAACAGAUGGGAAAGCAGGUAGAUGAGGGAGAGGGGUGAAGAGAAGUAGAGGGUGAAGGCGGUGGAUGGGAGGUGGAAGAGACUGGAGUCUGAUGGGAAGGAAAUAGUCAAAGCUAUGGAGGAAACAGGUAUUGAGAGAUAGGACAAAGUAGCCUUUGGUGUCCUACGUCCUUUUUUCUUUCUGAGAUGGUUUAAGCUAGGAAUGAUCUUGAACUUCUGGAUAUGAAUUGACUGGGGAGACAUGGUGGGCUUUGCUGCAGCACUGUUGUUCAUCUCAAAUGCUGGAAAUCAUGAGCCCUUAGGUCUUAGCACUAGUUUAAAAACCCAGGAAGGAAAUGAGGUGUUUGUCUUCUGAUCUGGGUGCAUUAAAUGUUCGCUGUGAUUAAAAUGCUAAAGCUUUCCUCUGCUGCUGUAAAACCCACCUGCUGGUUUUUACAGACAGUUUUUAUCUAGCAUACCUGACUCCAGAAACUGGAGCUUCAAAAAAUGAACUUAAAAACAAAUAAUUU